AUGUCUCACCCACGGGUCGAGGAAGUCUCCGACAGCGACCCCGACAUCAUCUCGGACCCCGAAGAAGUCGACCUCGACGACUUUGCAGAGUCGGACAUUCUGCGCGCCCGCGUGCCCGGCAACCAGCCCGCCGCCAUGCAGAUGCUCAACCCGCUCUCUGGCCCGCAAACAUCAACGCUGCCCGCCUCGGCCGACCGCUCCGCCUACAACAGCUUCCAGUGCCUGUACCCCGUCUACUUCGACGCCUCGCGGUCGCGCGCCGAGGGCCGCCGCGUCAGCGCCGCCCUGGCGGUCAAGAACCCGCUCGCGCGCGAAAUCGCAAACGCCUGCUCCCGACUGCGCCUGCAGACGCUGCUCGAGCCGGAAAAGAUUCACCCCAAAGACUGGGCGAACCCGGGCCGCGUCAAGGUCGGCCUCAAGAAGAUGAACGGUAGCAGCGGCGUAGCAGCAAGCGGCAUCAAGAACAAGCAUCACCUGUACGUGCUCGUCGCCAAGCACCUGCAGGAGAACCCGACGACGGAGGACUCGCCCGGCCUGAGGCUGCGCUUUGGCGGCCAGGUCCAGCCGCCCGAGGGCAAGCCGUAUCCGAAGCCGGCCGUGCCGAGGGGCUGGAAGAUGGGCGAGUACUUGCCGUACUUGAGCGCCGCCAUGACCGGGGGCGGCGUCUCGGAGAACUUGUUCAAGGACAUGAUGAAGGAGAUGCAGGGCGGGGCGGAUCCGAUGGCGGCGCUGAUGGCCAGCCAGGGUGGUGCUGGGGGGAUGAUGGGCGGCGGCGGCGGCGGCGGUGCGGAGGAGGGGGCCAAGAAGAAGAAGAAGGAUAAGAAGGGCAAGGGGAAGGUUUGA